AUGUGUAUGGUUGCAAGAUUUCAAGCUGGGCCCAAAGAAACUCAUGAAGCAGCUGUGGAGAGAAUCUUCAGAUACUUAAAAGGUACCAAUGACUAUGGCCUAUGGUAUCCCAAAACCAAAGACCUCACACUAUUAGCUUUUUCAGAUGCAGACUGGGCAGGUGAUGUGGAUGAUAGGAAAAACACCAGUGGUGGUGCAUUUUAUUUGGGCGGCAAUUUAGUGGCUUGGCAUAGUAAGAAGCAAGAUUCAGUCUCCCUUUCUACUAUAGAGGCUGAGUAUAUAGCAGCCACAUCAUGUUGUACACAGGUGUUAUGGAUGAAACAGAUGAUGAAGGAUUUGAGUGUUGAGGUUGAUAGGCCUGUGGUGAUUUAUUAUGACAAUACAAGCGCUAUCAACAUCUCAAAGAAUCCAGUCAUACACUCCAGGGCAAAGCACAUUGCAAUCAGAUAUCACUUUUUGAGAGAGAAGUUCACAGAAGUAGUAGUGAGAUUGGAGUUCAUCCCCACAGCAGAACAGUCAGCAGAUAUCUUCACAAAACCAUUACCCAAGGAGCAGUUUGAGUUCCUCAGAUAG